GAUUGUUUACAUGGAAGUUACCGCAUAGUUUCCCAUCACUUUUAAUGUAGUUUCAUUAUCUUCAUAUCGAACGAUAGCAAAAUAAAACUCUCGAGAUAGUAAUACCCGUUUUUAAUAGCCAGUGAACAUGAUACUAUUAAUUCUAACAGGUCUGUCUCUUGCAUUUUACUAUUUUUUAAUUAAACCCCUAAACUACUGGAGGGAGAGAAAUGUGCCCUACACGCAAGGCGUGCCCCUCUUCGGAAACGCGUGGCCGGUGGUGUUCAGGCUACUGUCAUCGGCCGAAGUUAAUCAAAAGUUGUGCCAGACGCACGCGGAUAAAAGGUACGUGGGUAUGCACAAUUUCACCUCCCCAAUAUUGCUAGUUCAAGAUCCCGAACUAAUCAAGCAGAUUACGGUUAAGGAAUUCGAGACGUUCCCCGAGCACCGGCCCUUCAUUCCGCCUGAUGUGGAUCCGCUGUGGAGCAAGAAUCUCUUCGCAAUGGAGGGUGGUGAGAGAUGGCACGAGAUGCGCGCCACGCUCAGUCCGUCCUUUACUAGCAGCAAAAUGAAAGGCAUGUUUGUCCUCAUGAGGGAGUGUUCGAAGCAGUUUACCAGUUACUAUCUAAGGAAGGGCGGGAUGGUGACUGUGGAACUUAAGGACGCCUUUAGCAGGUUUACAACUGACGUCAUUGCCACAACCGGUUUUGGGAUUAAGUGCGAUUCUUUAGAAGAACCCAGCAAUGAGUUUUGUGUAAUGGGAGGGGAGUUGACUAAUUUUCGGGGAUGGAAAGGAUUAAUUUUCAUGCUGAAUAUUUUCAUACCAACCCUUGCGAAGGUACUGAAGCUGCCCAUGUUCAACAAGUCUGUGUCAGAUUUCUUCCGAUCAAUCGUAAGCGACACCAUUCGGACCAGAGAGGAACAAAACAUCGUGCGUCCGGACAUGAUCCACUUGCUGAUGCAGGCUCGCGCGGGACAGCUAGAUCGCGAGAAGGACGCCUCGGUGCCUGAAACGGGAUUCGCCACCGUCCAAGAGUCGGAGGUGGGCAAAAAUUUCCAGCAACGCAAAGACGGCAUAACAAACGACGAUAUCACGGCGCAAGUUUUACUCUUCUUCUUUGCCGGAUUCGACAGCGUUUCGACAAUGAUGUGCUACGCCGUCUACGAGUUGACGCUUCAGCCGGAACUGCAGGCGAGGUUGCGGCGAGAGGUGGACGAGGCGUUUUCACAAUGCGGCGACGAUCUCACGUAUGACGUUCUGAUGAGCAUGAAGUAUUUGGAUCAAGUGAUUUGUGAAACGUUGCGAAAAUGGCCGUCGUUCAUUGGGACCAAUCGAAGAUGCGUCCGCCCGUUCCUAAUUCAACCGAAACGAUCGGGCGAAAGUGUGUUGUACUUAGAGUCCGGAAGUGUCGUGUCCAUUCCUAUCUUCGCCAUUCAGAGGGACCCCAAGUUUUACCCAAACCCUGAAAAAUUUGACCCUGGGCGUUUUAGCGAGGAGAAUAAGAACAACAUUGUUCCGUACACGUAUUUACCCUUCGGCGCUGGACCUAGAAACUGCAUCGGUUCUCGAUUUGCUUUGAUGGAAGGAAAGUUGAUCGUCGCCGAAUUGAUUCGAAAAUUCGAAUUUGUAGUCGUGGAACAGACAAAAGUUCCGAUAGUCCUUAGCAAGACAAAUUUUAAUCCCAUACCCGACGAUGGGUUUUGGGUUGGGCUAAAGCCACGCACGUUGUAAAGCGCAAUAUCGUUGUAAAUUGUUUCUAGAUCGUAAUCAUAAAAGUACAACCAUAAAUCGUGAAUGUAGUAAGUGCAAGUUGUAGUUUCUUAUGAUAAAAGCGCCAUUUCGCUAA